AUGGCUACAACAAAGGGUAAAACUUCUACCUAUAGAAGUGAUGAACAAGAAAUUGAUCUCAAUCUCACACUUGGUGGCCUUUAUAAUACUGAAAAUCCUAACGAAAUUUCAGUGCCUCAACCUUUUUCACAAAUUAUAGCAUCAGUUGCCAACAAUCCUGCAUUUCAGCGGGCUAUUGAGAUUAUAAGAUCUGAUAUGAAUAACAACUCAAAAGAUAUGCCUGAAAUUAAUGAGAAGAGAAAAGCAACUAGUCCAACUUUUGUUCCAAAAAGCAAUGGAGAAUCUGCUAUCAAAUUCAAUGCGGAAAAGGGUAAGUCGAUUUUCUUACCAGAAAGCCAUGGAGAAAAGCCAUCAAAGAAAGUUAAGAAUUCUGAUGAAGUAUUGGAUAAGGGUAAGUCAAUUGUAUUACCAGAAAACAAUGGAGAAAAGGCGUUAAAGAAAGUUAAGAAUUCUGAUGAAGUAUUAGAUAAGGGUAAGUCAAUUGUAUUAUCAAAAAGCAAUGGAGAAAAGCCGUUAAAGAAAAUUAAGAAUUCUGAUAAUAUUGUCACUUUGAUGAAUGCUAGUGAACUACUAAAGAUUAUGCCUUCUGUGACAACUUCUGGUGGUAUCAUAAAUGGAAAACUGACAGAAGGAUUCUCUAUAGUGGUGGACAAGAAAAGCAAAUUUCAAUACUUUGCAUUUGCCAUGGGAUGUUCUUCACGGCAGCUGAAUUUGUGA